AUGGCUCCUUCUACGUUCUUCCUCAGCGAAGUGGCCUUUACACUAAAAUAUGGUCCUAUUGUUCGAAUUGGUCCCAAUCAACUGUCGUACAACUCGGGGGCUGCAUGGAAGGAAAUUUAUUUUGGCACCGGUACCCACGAGUACCUGAAGGACUUGCACCGAGGAUUUGGCAUUCCGCAAGACCCAAACCCUAAGGAAUGGCCCAUGACAGUCUCAGAUACACCCAGGCACCGACGGAUCAGACAAGCCCUCUUGCCUGCGUUCUCGGAGCGCGCACGGCGUGAUCAGUCUCCUCUACUCAACUCAUACCUUGACAUUCUCAGCUUGAAACUUCGAGAGCGCGCCGGGAAGGCACCUGAGGAUAUCAUCACCUGGGUCAACCGCUUCACCGUCGAUGCACUGGGUCAUUUCUGUUUCGGACAGUCGUUCAACGCGCUGCAGGAUUCAAAGACCCCAGCCUUGGUCAAUGUUCUGAAAGACUCUGCCGCAUACAUUCCAGUAUCCCAAUUUGCCCAGCAGUAUCGUUUACAGAAAUUGCUGGCCGUUUUUACUCCUGCUGGUGCCGUCAACACAAUGGAGGCGUUCAAUCAGCAUGAGGACGUACUUACUUCUACUGCUGUCGGACCUUGCACUGCGUCUCUUGGAAUUCAACAUGAGUCCGGGUCAAUAGAUUUGACAGCCGUGGAGAAAAGGCGCCAGCGAGAUCGACGCGCUCAACAAAAGUUGCGCGAGAGACGAGAUCUUCACGUCAAGGAGCUGGAAGAACAGGUUGCGCAAUGCAAAGAGCAUCAUCAUGGCGGUGGUCAGAGCUCUAUCGUGGCGCAAAAAGAGGAAAUAAAGGCUCUCAAGCACGAAAACACCACAUUGCGGGCAAGGUGCGAGAAUCCGUCUGCCUUUGCACGAACGGUGCGGCAGAAUUUGUCACAAGUCACGGGCGGAUCUUUGCCAGAGGGCGGGGAUUCGUCUGUGGAUGGAAUGAACGCGACCCUCGAGGAUCUAGGACAUGACGCCGACCCGUUGGCCCGCGUCACAAGUGUGCCAUCAAGUACUACAGCCCCAACCAUGGUGCACGAAUUGACGGGGCCUGCCUUUGCUUCGUAG